CAUACCUCAAAGUGUUCACUCAUUCUCUGCAUUAUUUUAGAUUCUAUGAAGAAAAGAAAAAAUAAUCUGUAUGUUCAUAUUGUUUGUGAGAAAGAUGUCAUGCACUCUUUUUUUUGUAUUCAUAGCCUGAGUUCUAAAUGACCUUUUAAAUUUAAGUAGAGGGAAACUUCAGUGAGGAUACUCAACUUUUUUGCGUCGGCUCUGUAAGAUGGUAGCCAGCCAGUAGAGCUAGGUCAAUGAGGCAGGAUUAUGCUCUCUCUCUCUUUCUAGAAUACUGGGGCUAUAAUACUGCAGUCAUAGAGGAUGCAGAAAGGGCUGUGUCCUGCCACGACCUGCUCAAAUCUCUCUUGUUGUCCCACAGGAAAGAUCCCAGAGGAAGCCAAGGCCUUGUCUCUCUUGGCGCCCACCGUGCCCCCUGCAGUUCCUGCUGUACCCAACCUGAUGGCAGGUGGUGGCCUGUUGCCUAUACCCACUCCAGCACCCAUGCAGACUAAGCUGAGUGUCCCCAUAGCCAGCCUGGCAGCGCUGCCUGCUGCCCUGGAACCGGUCGUGUCAGCCCUGACUGUGGCUGGAGCAGCUGGGGUCGCUUCUUCCUCCCAACCUCCCCUCAUGGGCAAUGUGGACCCCUCUAAGGUGGACGAGAUAAGGAGGACCGUCUACGUUGGCAACCUUAACUCACAGACAACUACUGCAGAGCAGCUGCUUGAGUACUUCAAACAAGUGGGCGAUGUGAAGUUUGUGCGCAUGGCGGGUGACGAGACACAGCCAACACGCUUUGCCUUUGUGGAGUUUGCUGACCAGGAAUCAGUGUCCAGAGCGCUAACCUUUAAUGGAGUCAUGUUUGGAGAUAGACCCUUGAAGAUUAACCAUUCCAACAAUGCCAUCGUGAAGCCCCCAGAGCUGACCCCUCAGGCUGCAGCCAAGGAGCUAGAGGAUGUAAUGAAGAGGGUCAGAGAGGCCCAGUCCACCAUUGCUGCCAUCAUAGUAGAGCCAGAGGAAGUAAAGAAACGAUCAUCCAGUCGAACCCGACAGCCCAGGAGAUCCAGAACGCGAUCUCGCUCCAGAACGAGGAGGAAGCGCUCCCGUUCCAGGCACAGAAGCAGACCCUCUCAGAGGUCACUGCCCAAGGUUAGCGAGUCCCGUGGCUCUCGGGGCGUCCACAAGAGAUCUACCCGCUCCACAGACAGACGGAGGAGCCGCAGCGGCUCCCGAUCAAGGGAUAGGCGUAAAGACAGGGAGGAGAAAAGAAGAGCCAAGGACGACGUCUCCCGGGUCAUCAAGGAGGAUCGGAGGCAAAGGGGGAAGAAGGGCAAAACCCCUCCCAAAAGCUACAGUACGUUCCGAAGGUCCCGGAGCACGAGCAGGGGCCACAGAAGGAAGAGCCGGGAUAGCUCCAGGAGUCCGAGGAGGAAAGCCAGGUCUCCCUCACCUAAGAGAGUAAAAGACAAGAAGAGGGAGAAAGCAAGGGAUAGCAGCAGGGAAAGAAGAGACCGAUCCACCUCCAGGAAGAGGAGCAGCAGAGAUAAAGAGAAGAUGGAGCGCAAGCCUGUCAAGUCUGUCAAGGUGGACAGGGACUGCGACAAGGAGAAAGGGGACUACGAGAGUGACAGGGAAGGUUCACCAACACUAAGUGAGGGCGUGACAUCACUCUGCGCCCAGCACAAUGGCAGCUGCAACACACAAACAGAGGAUGAUGUGACUUCACUCACCGACAGCACUGAGUGAUGGCUGGGAAGCAAGGCAAAACUAUGGGAGCAAGACAGUCCACUGUAUACAUAGUUCCUUUAACUCGGCAUAACGCACGCACACACCUACAUGGAUGCCCACACCACUUCCUGCUUUUAAGUCAGGCACAACAUUGUGCCAAAAACCAACAGAUCCCACAUAAGGAUUGAGUGGAACAGUGUAUUAUACUUUAGUGUGUAAGAGCUAUUAGAGAGCACUGUCCCCAUCCCUGUUAUUGGGAAUCUGUUGUCAUAUGAUAUUCAUAUGUAAAAUGGACCUGAAUGUGCCCAGUUAGAUUUUAUUCUUAUAUUUUCAAUUUUUUAACACCUGCUUUCUCCAGUAAGAACUGGAGUGGGAAAAUAACAUGCUUCUAGUUGAUAUCUUGUUUAUGUUGGUGCUGUCAUGCAAAAAUAAUUCUGUUUCUGUUCCAACUAGAUGUAAGGUCUCAGUUUGUGCCCCAUGCUUGCUUUUCCACAUUUUAUUUUGUAUGUCAGUUAUGCUGAGUUCUGCCUUUUCCCAAAGCUUUAAUCAGCUUCAUGGUUCAGCUGGUUGACCCUACAGUGUAGACGAAGCUGAAUCAGAAACGUGUUAACAAAUCCCUGGGAAGCACAGACUAGUACCUAGAAUGAGAUUGUACAAAAAAUAUACUGUAAUAUUAAACUUCAUAAGUAAUUCAGAUGCAAGCUAAAUACAGGAUGGUAUUCCACAUUUGAGAUUGUGGUCAUGCAUUAAGGAAAAGUGGUUUGAUAUUAUUGAGUGACAUUUUCUUGGCUUUAUAUCCCAGUUUAAACAAUGCUUGUUGAAUCCUAUAUGUAGUUUGCGUUAGUUUGGUGUUAAUACAUUUCAGUGUUUUGUUUAAAUCCCAGUGUAAAAUGUGGCUCAAGUUUAUUAGCAGUACAUGUCUUUUUUUUUUUUUACUAGUUUUAAUCGAAGCAAUUCAUCUUUGCAGUGAUUAAUAGUAUCUGCAAAUUCAUUCUGGAGUGAGCGGGAAACAAAUUCCCUACUUAGACAAAUGUACAUAGUCAAAACUUCACAUUAAAGGACCUACAUUUUGUAGCGUUAAGAGAUCCACAAGAAAUGUAGUGGUGUAUCAUUUAAAUUGUAUUAAUGUCUGUUUAAAAGUAACAAAGUUUGAUAUUUAAAUUUACUACUAAGAAAUAUCUGUAUAUUUUUUUUGUCUGUAUUGAAAUUCAUACUUUCUUUUUAACUGACAUUAACACAAUAUACAUAGUAAAUAUAUUCUUCUUAAUCUUGGGCCUGAAGACCCAAAGCCAUGUACAUUUUUAUUUUGGUCCUAGCAUUUCACAGCUGAUUCAGUCAACAUUAUCAUCACAUGCUCUCCUUUGGGUCCCCAGGACAAGAAUUAAGAAACACUGCUGUAGAGAACCUAAAUGUAAAAAAUGUGUUGGUUAAAUCUUUAUAUAUCUAUUAACUGCAAAUGUGGGUAAAAUGGUAUAAGAUUAAAUAUGAAUGUGUUUUAAUGUU